GUAAAUAUUGUUUGCUGUGAGUCAGUGUCCAACUCAAACUAUUCCCGGUGCAUUCAGCUGCGUCCGUAAUUCCCUGCUCCUCUGCUAUGUAAUUUGAUGCCUUAUCUGAUGUCAUGAACCUCGCUUAUCAGCAGCUCAAAGUAAAUACUGAGCUCGGUUAGAUCGUCUAUUCUCGACUCGACAAUGCUGUUCAGUCUCUUUUGAAUGUUUAACGCCGCCGGUGGUUCGCGUUGAAAAUGUUUUCCCAGCUCUUAUCUGUAAGGUUGGCCGUGUCACUGAUCCUUUUAAUCAGUGGACAAUGGACUUCAGCUCGUCCCCAGAAUCCGUACUAUGUGGAAAACGGAGGACAUGGUUACUCGCACCAUCACCACCGCCAUGGUCAUCCCGGACAUGGGCCAGGACAUGGGCCAGGACUUGGCCCAGGAUCCGCUGGACCACCUCCCUUUGCCUUCGGUCGCUUCCCACCGCCCCCUCCGUAUUAUCCAGAAAAUCAACCAUCUGGAGGUCGUCAACCGUAUUAUCCGAACGGUGGUGCAGUUCACGGACAAGCUGGCGGUCCAUUUCACCAGCAUGGAGCUGGUUUUCACAGAGGACAACAGGAAUACCCGGACCCUGUAGGAGAUUUUAACAGGGGACAUCCAGGCCUCCAGCAACCCGGUGGAGAUUUCAACAGGGGCCAACCAGGUUUUCAGCAGCCAGGCAGUGAGUUCAAUAGAGCUCAACCUGAGGGAAGGGCGCCAGGUCGUCAACAACCAGGAAGCAAUAAUGAGUUACCCACCUACCCUCGAGGAUUGGAAGGCGAGCAGCCGGGUGGCAAUGCAAAUACUCUGCAGCCUCGACCUGGCCAAAACUCUGGUGGAUUCCAACAGCCAAAUGAAAAUCCAGGCGGAUUCCCACAGCCAGGCCAAAGUUCGGGGGGGUUCCGGCAACCAGGCCAGAAUUCUGGAGGCUUCCGGCAGCCAGGCCAGAAUUCUGGAGGCUUCCAGCAGCCAGGCCAAAGUUCUGUAGGAUUCCAACAGCCAGGCCAGAAUUCUGGAGGAUUCCAGCAGCCAGGCCAGAAUUCUGGAGGAUUCCAACAGCCAGGCCAGAAUUCUGGAGAACUCCAACAGCCAGGCCAGAAUUCUGGAGGAUUCCGCCAGCCAGGAUUCCAACAACCAGGCCAGAAUUCUGGAGGAUUCCGGCAGCCAGGAUUCCAACAACCAGACCAGAAUUCUGGAGAAUUCCAACAACCAGGCCUCAACCAGGGACCGAACCAGGGACUUGGAACGUCUAAUAAGCCCAUACAACCACGUCCCGGAAGCGCAGAUGAAGACUUCUCCGAAUUUAACUUCCAGUCGCCCAAGACUUUGCAGCCUCGACCUGGUCAGGAUCACGAAACUGGGGUCGCCGGCGAGGGGCAGACUAUUCAACCGAUUCCCGGCCAGCAGCAGCCUUCUGUGAUCCAGCCUAUUCCUGGGAAAGCGCAAUCCCCCGACAAUGUUGGCCAAAACAUCAAUGACCUCUUCAAUACCCAUGAGUUUUUGUCGCCCGAUUUGAGCAAAGCACCUGGAUCCAACAGAGAUCCCAAGUCGGAUGCUGAGGAAGCGGAUCCAGAGAUGGUUAAUCAGCGCAGUCUCUUCGACCUGGAUCCCAAGUGUCCUGAAGGACUCAAGGUUAUGGCAGGACGUUGCAGGAAGGAAGCCUAGAGAAUUCGCGAAUGAAAUUAAAAUCUGAAUAAUACUGAUUCAUCUACACAAAACAUAUUUCAUUGUGCCAUUAAAUCUGUCAUUCUGUGUAAUAAUUCAGGCUGACAUUUUUUGGGACAUUUUUCUCUACUGAUAAGGUUGUUUAUGUAAGAUUGGAAGUACAAAUUUCCCAGAGAUUACCUCAGAAUGCUCUUUGGGAAAAAAGUGACUUACAAAUAAAUGAGUGCGCUAAAAGUUCGUACAUAAGUAGAUUACGUAUGCCACUGUAACAACUUUUGAUAAUCACAAAAUGUAUUAAUCAGCCAUAUGCAGUUAUUGCAAUCUUGAAAUAUAUCAGUUAAGAAAACGUUAUCUCUAUAAUAUUGAAUUACAGUUGUAUAAUUACAAAGCUGUCUGUAAUUGAUUACAUUGGCUUAUCAAGUUAAUGGAAUGCGUUUCGCCCUGUCAAUUUUAUCUUGAAGAGCAAAUACAUAACAGGGAGAAUCCCCAAAUAAAA